AUGCAUGGUACCUUGGUCUUCCAUUACCACCUACAUGUUUUCUUUUGCCUCUUCUUACCUCGAUUCUCAAUAAAGUGUACGAUUCUCCAAAAGAUACGACGUGGGGAGGGAUUGCCGAUCCCUCAUGCACCAAAAUAUUUACGGAUACCAACCUGGAAGACGGGCAGACAGGCGCCCAAUGUCCGUACGGAUCCCGACGGAGUAAAAAAGGGUCUGGCAAGUUGCAACCACAAUUAUUAUCACCUGCAGCACAUCUUUUCUCUUUCUCAUGCAAGAUUAGAGCAGUUCAGAAAUGCCUUAUCCUGGUCGACGGAUGGUAUCCGUACUUCAUUUCCAGUUCCAGCACGCUGCAGUUGGGCAAUAAUUACAUUCUUUCCCAGCUUGCAGUACUUGCUUUAUCUUCCAUGCUGUUCCUGGAUCCUCAUAUCUUUCUUUGUCUCUCAUCUAUCCGCGGCCAUAGCCCUUAACCCUUGCUGA